CUGACAUCACCAGGGUCCUUCUACUGGUUAGCAACCAGCCGCUACUAUAGCGGGACGGCUUCCUGAGCUGAUUAUGUCCUCCUCAUCCGACAGCAGCCGAGAGGGUGAGUCCUCAAAAUGGCUGGAUGCCCAUUACGAUCCUGUUGCAGGUCUGAAUUCAUUAUCAUCCUGCAUUGCUCUUGCUGAUUUACAUGGGGAUGGCGAGUAUAAGAUGGUGGUGGGUGACCUGGGCAGUGGGCCCUAUAACAUGAAGCUGAAAGUGUUUAAAGGCACAAGUCUGUUGUCAGAAAAUGCCUUGCUUGACAUGCCAACUGCUGUUGUGGCUUUCCUGAUGGAUCAGAAUGAGCCACGUACACCAGCUGUAGCCGUGGCUUCUGGACCCUUCAUAUUUGUAUACAAGAAUUUGAGACCCUACUUUAAGUUCACCCUGCCAGCACUGGAAGUCAAUGCUUUGGAGAAGGAAGUCUGGGAUCAAGCUAAAGAGGACAGAAUAGAUCCAUUGACUUUAAAAGAGAUGCUUGAGGGGAUCAGGGAUAAAGCAGAGAUUCCUCUCUCAGUGAGAUCAUUGCGGUUCCUGAUGCUUGAUCCACAGGAAAUGGAUGCCUUUGUAAACACAUAUAAACAAGUACCUCUGAAACGACAGACUGUGAUCACAUGUAUGGCAACCCUGAAGAAGAACAUGGCGGAUGAGGAUGCUGUGUGCUGUCUUGUUAUCGGUACAGAAAGUGGAGAAAUAUUUAUACUGGAUCCAGAGGCGUUUACUAUUCUUACUCGAGUCAGUCUUCCCAGUGUACCUACUCUGUUGGAUGUGAAUGGACAGUAUGACAUUGAAUACCGUGUCACAGUAGCUUGCCGUAAUGGCAAUGUCUACAUACUUCGUAGAGACUCCAAGCGUCCCAAAUACAGCAUUGAGCUGAGUGCACAGGUGGUAGGAUUGGUCCGUGUCCAGAAAAAUAUCAUUAUUGGAACAUCUCAGGAGACUUUGCAUGGAUACUCACAAAAGGGAAAGAGGCUGUGGACAGUUACCCUUCCUGCAUCCAUUAUGACAAUGUCUUUGUUGGAGCAUAAGUCCCGCAGUAUUCAGGCUGUGCUGGUGGGGCUGAAGAAUCUGGAAGUACAUCUGUAUAGAGAUAAGAAUCUGCUUAGUGUUAUUUCAACCCCAGACAUAGUGACCAGUCUAUGCUUUGGAAGAUAUGGAAGAGAAGAUGACACUUUAAUCAUGACUACAAAAGGAGGAGGACUCAUUAUUAAGAUAUUAAAGAGGACAGCUCAGUUUGAGGAAAAGGAUACAUCUUCUGGUCCCCCUAUUGGACAAAGCAUCAAACUUAAUGUCCCCAAAAAAACCAAACUUUAUGUAGACCAGACCCUACGGGAAAGAGAGAAUGCUGUGGCUAUGCACCGUGUAUUUCAAAUGGAUUUGUACCGUCUACGUCUUAAUGCUGCCCGAGCAUAUGUUAAGGCCCUGGAUGCUAGCCUUACACCAGUAUCUUCAACGAUGCAAGAACCACUUACACUCAAUGCUAUUGUACAGGGUAUUGGUCCUCGUUUCAAACUAAUUCUUAACUUACAGAACACAUCACAGAACCGGCCAUCCAUGCAGCUUUUAAUAAGUUUCCUGUAUGAUGAAAGACUAUACCAGCUUAAGCCAGCAUUCUUUAAGGUUCCACUUCUGGUUCCGGGUUUAAACUAUCCAAUUGAGACAUUCAUUGACUGCUGCUCUGAUAAAGGCAUUUCUGAUAUCAUCAAGGUUUUUGUCUUGAAAGAGGGGAAAAGCACACCACUGAUCACUGCACAUAUCAGUAUGCCAGUCAGUGAAGGACUGGUAGCUGCCUGAUCAGAACUUCAAAAUUCUAGUUGCCUGGAAGGAGGCUUCAAAACACAUACCAAGAUGAAGAGUCUACAAGCGCAAAAGGAUCAGUGUAAUAUGCAUCCUAGAUCAAUCUACAUGCAUUUCACAUAUUGGUUUUCUUAUAAGUUUCCAGUGUAUUUUUGCAGCUACCCUUUUGUGACCAAGAAUAAAACAUUGGAUAUUGGGGGGAAAUGGUCAAUGUCUGCCCUCUGUGCCCUCAGCAUUUACAGCCUUGUCCGUUUCUACAAAUAAGCAUCUUAAAUAUUUUUUCAGUGAAUGUUAAACCAGCAAACAUAAGUGCAGGAUUCUUUCAUCACAUUCCUAUGGGGUCAGAAAUAAACAGAGGCGUAUAAUCAGUCUUUAUCAAUUUAAUAUCAUUGACAAAUGUUGAUAAUGUAAUAUUUUCACUAUUAAGAUUUGUCAAACUAAUCAAUGAUUAUCUAUGCUUAUGUUAUUUUAUUUAUUUAUUUUUUUAUGGGGAGAGGGGAGAGAAUCAUGUGAAUGAGUUGUCAGUUUUAAGCUGUGCAUACACUGACACAUUUUAUCUAUUUUCACUAGAAAGUCAUAAAGACGAGAUCUAGAUCAUGGUAGGUGAAAAUUUGAAGAGUGCGAGUACAUUUCUACUGUUUUCAUAUAAAGUAAUAAAACUUGGCAUAUACUUUGAAAAACAA